AUGUCCCGCAGGCGAGAAACUUUGCCAACAACUCCUAGCCCAGGUCGCAGGACUCGGUCGUUGACUCGGGCUGAACAUGAACGUGCCACUCAAUCUGUAGAAGCACGGCCUGUUGCCUCUCGAGCUCGAACAAACAUGCAAUCUGCUCCCUUGACACCUCCUCGGACGGUCCGCCAGUAUAGCACUGCCCACAAUCGCUUGCGAUUGAGAGCAUUAGCAACACCCAUACCUUCCUCCAAUUCGCCCCCAUCUACACCUGAACCUCCAGAGACUUUGCCAACAAAUAUUAGCCCAGGCCGCAGGAUUCGACCGUGGUUGGCUCGGGUUGGAUAUGAAAGUGCCACUCGAUCCUCAGAAGCAGGGUCUGAACAGGCAUCUGCCUCCCGAGUUACAACAAACGCGCAUUGUGUUCCCCUGACACCUCCUCGUACAGUCCGCCAGUACAGCGCGGCGCAUAAUCGCUUGCGACUGGGAGUAUUAGCUUUACCCGACCCUUCCUCCGACUUUCCGCCAUCUGUGUCUGAAUCUUCAUUGGCUUCACCCGCCCCUUCCUCCGACUCCGUGCCAUCUAUGUCCGAAUUUCUUCGGUUGACCGGUGUUUUCUCCUCUCCAACCAACAUUCCUGCUCAAGCCGCCCCACAAGAAAGUGAUCAUCAGAAACUACAGCGGGUUAGCGAGGCCUUCAAGUCCGCAGCUGAGUGCCCGAUUUGCACAGGGAUCAUGGCGAACCCAUUUGUAUUACGCUGCCUCCACACUUUUUGUGGGCAUUGCAUCCGCACAACGUUUGCCGAUCAGGUACGGCCGCGUCUUCGGCGUACCGCUGGGUCUCUUUUAUCCCAUAAAGAACACGAGUAUGAUUGCCACGCUGUUCCGACGAGCCUGAAGCAUCUUCAGGAGACAGUGACUGCCAUUCGGCGUCAUGGUCGAAGGAAGCCAGAGGACAUAUUCGUAUACGAAUGCCCACUCUGCAGGGGCCAAAUCCGUGAACAACCUACUCUCAGCCCUUACAAGGCGAGGGCCUUCCUUUCAGAUGUUAGGGCUGCUCUCGGAUUAGACUUGAGUGACGAUGAGAUCGCCCGCGAGGAGGAUGUGGAUAGGGAUGGCUUUUUCGAUGGAUUGUUCCUUCCUACUGGUAUGUAA